AUGGGAGUGGCUGGCCACCAGCUGCACGCGUUGGUUGCAGAAGCAACCGGGAAAGGCCUCGCACAACACGGAUCCAGCGGCCGCUUCAAUUGCAUUUUCUACGGAUGGGUCAUCGUGGCCGUGUGCAUCUUAUGCAAGAUCUUCAAAGUGCAGGGCCAAAACAAUGUGAUGUCGUACACGGUCCCGCACUUGCUUCAGGAUUUCGGCCUCUCCCACGCCGAGCUGGGUGGAUUUUUCUCAGUCGCUACCAUCUUGGCGGGCCUGGUUCAACCUUUGUUGGGGCAUGCUGUUGACCGACUCGGCGCGCGAGUGUGCAUCCCCAUGAUGCAGGUGACACUUUGUGGUGCUCUCUUUGCUUUCGCAACUUGGACAUCCCCACCAUCAAG